AUGGCGCACGGGGGGGGCAGGGUCCAUGCAGGGUCCAGGCGGCGGGCUCCAGCCCGCGGUCUCCUCAUGGCUCAGUUCAUCACGUUGCGCUCCUGCUCCUCGAGGCGCCGCCGCGCACCCUGCAAUCUCCAACUUGGAUCCCGCAGUAUGCGGCCACCCUGCAGGGUGUGGGGGGGCUUGGCGGCGCGGGAGAAGGCACCGCCUGUGACCCCGGCCACACCUCAGGCCAUUUACCAAACAACAUCUGGGGAAGAUGUACGAGACUUCACAAAGGUGCUGAAGAACAAGUUCAGGUCAAAGAAAUACUUUGCCAAACAUCCUCGCCUUGGCUACCUGCCUGUCCAGACAGUUCUUGAAGGUGACAAUUUAGAGACUCCUAUCACACUCAUCAGUAUGUGGCCAGAGCACUAUGACCCCUCCCAGUCGCCUCAGUUGUUUCAUGAUGACACGCAUUCAAGAAUAGAACAAUAUGCCACACGACUGGCCCAAAUGGAAAGGACUAAUGGGUCUUUCCUCACUGAUAGCAGCUCUACCACAGGAAGUGUCGAGGAUGAGCAUGCCCUUAUCCAGCAGUACUGCCAGACACUUGGAGGGGAGUCCCCGGUAAGCCAGCCACAGAGCCCAGCUCAGAUCCUGAAGUCGGUAGAAAGAGAAGAACGUGGAGAACUGGAGCGGAUCAUUGCCGACCUGGAAGAAGAACAAAGAAAUCUGCAGGUGGAGUAUGAGCAGCUGAAGGAUCAGCACCUCCGAAGGGGGCUCCCAGUCGGUUCUCCCCCAGACUCGAUUGUGUCUCCUCAUCACACGUCCGAGGAUUCAGAACUUAUAGCAGAAGCAAAACUUCUCAGGCAGCACAAAGGUCGGCUGGAGGCUAGGAUGCAGAUUCUAGAAGAUCACAAUAAACAGCUGGAGUCUCAACUCCACCGCCUUCGACAGCUGCUGGAGCAGCCUGAAUCUGAUUCCCGAAUCAAUGGUGUCUCCCCCUGGACUUCACCUCAGCACUCGGCCCUGAGCUACGCGCUGGAUCCAGACCCUGGCCCACAGUUCCACCAGGCAGCGGGAGAGGACUUGCUGGCUCCACCGCAUGACACCAGCACAGAUCUCACAGAGGUCAUGGAGCAGAUCAACAGCACAUUUCCAUCUUGCUGCUCCAAUGUCCCCAGCAGGCCACAGGCAAUGUGAAGUAUUCAUCUAGCCAACCAACAUUUCCUGACAUGCAGUAUUGCCCCUUUCAGCAAAUGCCAAUUUCAAGUUUCAUUUAAUCAGAAGCUCCAUGUCUGUCCAUGACCCACACUGUUGAGCGCUGACUGUGUGUUCUACUGAAGGAGUAAAACACUGACUAUAUCCAAAGAGAAAAGGAUAUUUUGUUUUUAUAAUAACCGUAUAUUAUUGUUUUCUUCUUCCCUUUCUAUGCAAAUGUAUAUUAAUGAACAGAGAGGUAUUUGGAAAUGGUAAUACAUUUGUCACUGAUUUGUAUAAUGUAUACAGCAUUGGGAAAGUGGGUGGGGGCUUUCUAAUAUGAUGCCGUCUUUUUAAAAACCAUGACACAAAUUGCAUAAGAAUUAGAAGACCACUUGACAUUUUUACAUUCCUUCUGCUGUUCAUAUUAACCUUGUACAAUAACUUCAUUUAUUUCAUUGAUUCUGUUAUCAAAAUGUUUUCCUUAUUUAUAAUUCAUCAGCUACAUGACCAAACAGAUUCCAUGUAUUUGCUUUCACAAUUUGGCAUAAUUAAUACAUUCACAUAUUUCAAUCAAAUAUUACAAAUACAUAUAUAAAAUAUCUAUAUGGAUUAGGCUACAGCCCUCUAUAUACCGUUAACUUUAGUUGACAUCCUCUUCUUACUUAUUUGGUGACCACUUGGAUCACCGCAGUAAAACUCCUGUGGCCCUAAAUGGCAUUUCUAUUGGGAUAUUUUUCCCUGCAUUGUAUUCCCUUUUUUAUAUAAGUAGGACUUGAAUAUUUAUUUUUUGUCCUAAUCUAUAUGAUAGAGAAGACUGCAUUAUAAUAAUCUCGAAGAUCAUUUUACCAAAGGUUGCCCAUUUAAGCAUAUUUUCCUGUUGACAUAGAAACAAAAUUUGGUACAACCUUUCCUAGUUCCCAGAUUUGGGUUGUCAUUAUUAAAUGCACAGCACACCUUGACCUAUUGUGAUAUCAGAACACAUCAUUGUCUUUCAUUCCCUUUAAAGAUAAUUUUAUUGUUGUUUUGUAUUUUCAAGUCUUUAAUAAUUCUUGAAACUCCUGAUAAUUUUAUUUUAUUUCCGAAAGCAGACACAAAUUUAGUGCAUGGCUUAUUUUACCUUUUGGGUGAAUUAACAUGUUUUAUUACCCUUCACUUGAUCGAUAUAUUUGGGAAGGAUGUUUAUCAAAAGUCUAUGUCAUUGCUUCUACAGAAAAAUGAAAUUAAUGCUUAGAUGGUGGUAACACCACCUACAUCUUUGAGUGUAUUGGUUUAGCUUCUGAUUUAACAUUUAAUUGUUUCCAUUUAAACAUGUUACUUAGUUACCAAAUGUAGAGAAACCAAAAACAAAAAAAAGGAAAAUAAUGUGUUUGAUUCAAACAUAAUGUGCUUUUAAAACAUCAAGAUAUUUUAACUUUGGGUUCUCUUUAACUGGGGUCUGGCCAGAAGGAGGCUUAAAGUUAGAAAUAGCUAUUAUUUUAGAAUAGGUUGGGUGGGUUGGGGGCAAGGGUGCUUAUUUGCAGCAUAGAUAUUUUGAGAAGAAGAAAAUUGUUUUAUAUAAAAGGAAAGCCAUGACCACCUUUCUACCUCAAAUCCAUCUUCAUCCAUUGCGUUGGAAAUAGCUUUAUGCCAACUGCAGUCUGCAAAGUCUAGAGCUUUUAUCAGGCCAUAUCAUACCCAAGAAAGUACCUAUUUAAAGAAAAAAAGUUCCCUGAACUCUGAACUCCAAGUUGUAGAUUUGGUGUCUUCCUUGUUCUUACUUUGAAAGUCAUGUGUUAAUUUUUGUUGCCUGUAAUUGUAUGCAAAAUGUCUUCUAUCUGCUACUAAGGAAAAACUACAUAAAACACUACAUUGUAAUCUUCUAAGUAAUAAUAAAUAAAAAGAAAUAUAUUGCAGUAACAACAAUGGAAAAUAAGUAUGUAGUUCUUUUGAAAUGUGUGGUAAAGAACUAAUCACAGACUAUCAUCUAAUCUGGUUACAUAUUGUAUUUUUCAUCCUGAAUAAAAGUAAUUUUAACACAA